AGACGUCAAAUGAUUAAUUUUUGCUAAUAUCUAUCUUUGUGCUUAUUGGAUGAAACAAGACGGCUGUCUAAUCGAUUACUUAUUUUUCUCCUUUGAUAUAAUUAACUAAAGUGCAGGAAACAUUUGAUCUGGUGCAGCUUUAAACAUUUGCAUUCGCAGGACUUGUUGCAGUGCCAUUGCGUACAAAAGAUCAAGAUGCCUCGCGUAAACUUCACCAGGACGGAUAGAAUUGCUCAAAUGUCCAAGCAGGAACAGCUUAUCGCUCAGAAACGCCAACAAAUUCUAGAGAAACAGCGCACGUUACAAAUGGCCAAGCAAAUUGUGGCAGAGGCAAACAAAAGUAACACUGCGGCUACAGAAUCUGAGCCAGACAAGUCAGGUGGCUUGAAGUUGCCUUUCAGUAAUGAUGGAUCGUUUUUGGAGAAUUUUAAAAAGUUAAGUGAAAAGUUUGUUAAGACUGAGGAGCAAAAUAAACGAGCGGCAGAUGAAGAAAUAUCUUCCAGUGAUAAAAAAUUCAAAUCAGAAGAAUCUAUAUUGAUUACCAUACCUCCGCCUCCGCCACCACCUCCUGCUCCUACCAUCCCAGCUGCAACGCCUACGUUACCAAUGGAAGUUGCAUAUGCAGCUUAUUACGAUAUAACGCAGCCUCCCCCGAUUAUACCUCCUCUACAACCAGCUCCGUUGCCACCGUCUAUACCGGAUGAAGGUAUAAGUGAGCAACAGGAAGCUGUUGCCAGUGUUGAACCAAACAACCAGCGGGCUGUCGUAGAACAAGUGCCAGAGGUGGGAGCCAAUUGCAAAGUAUUUUCAGAGAAUGAUAAAUUACCAACAACAGUUCAAGAGUUGGUAGAAUUGGUUGCCGAUAUCGGUGAUGUUUAUGAAGAAAAAUUAUGUUCACGUAAAAAUGAAUUGCAUCCAUCGCUUUGGUUCUUGUUUGACAAACAAUCUGAGGCUUACAGAAACUAUCGGCAUAUGAUUGUAGCUAGACUUUUUAAGACAGCUGGUAUAGAACACGCUCUGCCAGCUUCGCAGCCUGUCGAAAAAAUAGAACAUAGCGCAGAUGAUGCUAAGUAUGAUCCGGCAGAUGUUCUUGAUGAUACCAACAUGGAAGAAGACUCGCGUGUCCUGAGCCAGCACGAGCAACUGAACCAAGAUGAACCGAUUCAGAUGCAGCCAAAUUACUAUGGAGAUGAGCGACAUUUUUACGAUGAUAAAUCAACAACGGAAACUGAUUCGGAUACAGAGUAUGUGAGAGAAGCUCGCAAAAGAAAUUUGAAAAAUCUCAAGCGUAAAACAAUGAAUGCCGGUAAUGUGCGAGAGGAAAGCACCACUGAUACAGAGGAUGAUUUUAAUGAAUCGUCGGAAUGCAAGCAAGACAGUCAAAGUGACAGAGCGGCUAAUGCUAGUGGUGGUAGCAGAUGCGGUCGUCAAAAAAAUCGGAAAAAGUCACGUUGGGGUGAUCAGGCUGACGGUACGGAAACUCACGAUUUGGUCUGUGAUAGCAAGGAUGAUGCGGAUGGCUCGCAUCAUAGCGCCAAUGCUACUACUACUACCGAUAGACCUUCCAGUACAUGUGGUUUACAGAUGCAGCAUACCAAUUCGAAGUCGAAUCCGGGCUUCCUCCAAUUUGUGUUUCAAUGCUUUGGUACGGUAGAAGUAAGUCCUGAAAGCUGGAAAAAGGCAGAGGAACAUUUCAAAAUUCGUUUGCUUUAUGAAGAUAUGUCCAACAAGAUUCAGACACAUGAGAAAUUCGUCAGCAACUGUCUGAUGAAUGGUAAUAAUGGAGGGCAACCGGAUGUCGAUGAAGACAGGCGCUUGAAUUCUAACAAAAUGAAAGCGGUUCUAUUGUGGAUUGACGAAAUCACACAGCUUUACGAGCGGAAAAGACUGCCAUUAGAGGACUUUUUGAUGGCAGAUGAGUAUAAAGGUUUUAUAGCUAAAUUCCAAAAUACAUCUGAUCAACAACCAACUUUCGAAGAUUACAAAAAAGUCAAAUUAGACCAAGCGAAAAUAGUUUCUACCAACUCUCGGGGUGAGUACAGUUCAACCGAUUCAGACUGUAACGAGCUGAAAUAUAAAACCGCUCUCCCAUAUGCCGAGCAUGACCAAUCUAUUUCGGUUCCUAACGAAAACGACAAAGCGGCCAGACGUCGAAAGAGCCGUUGGGGCGAUCAAGUAUCGAUUCAAACGGUACAAAAUCCUGCUAUGAUCUCAACGACAGCGUCGACAAGCUAUUCUCAACCCUCAGUAGCUUCCACGUCAAACUGCAAACUGCCGAAUGCUCCGAAGUUAUCCUCUGUAAAUCGUACAGACCCUGCGCUAUUAGCUUACGUUCGGCAAAACUUUGGAACUGUGAAUUUAACAGAAGAAGAUUGGAAAAAAGCAGAAGAUCAUUAUAAAAUUAAUCUGCUGUAUCAGGACAUGCUUAGAAAACGUCAAGAAAUCGAUAGGUUGGCUGCCAGCGGAAAGUUCAAGUAUGAGUACGACUCCGAUGAGGACACAACGGGGGGCACCUGGGAGCACAAACUUCGCUCCCAGGAAAUGGAAGCCACGCAGUUGUGGGCGAAUGAAUUGACAAAAAAGUCCGAAGGGAAACAUCACAUUGGAGAUUUUUUGCCACCGGAAGAGCUCCGUAAGUUCAUGGAAAAAUAUGACGCACAGAAAAACAAUCGACAGCCAAAUCUUAGCGAUUAUAAAGAAUAUAAGCUGAAGGAAGACAACGUUGGAUUCCAGAUGUUGCAGAAACUAGGUUGGAAGGAAGGUCAAGGAUUGGGAGCCGACGGAAGUGGAAUUGUUGACCCAAUUAACAAAGCUUCACAGCGUGAUAAUAAUCAAGGGUUGGGAGUGGCAUCUUCGGAGAAUCCCGAGGUGGAUGAUAAUGAAUAUGACGCUUAUCGUAAGCGGAUGAUGCUUGCCUAUCGGUUUCGGCCCAAUCCAUUGAAUAACCCACGGAGGGCAUAUUAUUGAAACCUCUCAAUUUAUACAGUUGGAGUUUAUUUGUAAUGAGCGCCAACGAAUAUCGUUAAUAUCCAUAGUUAUUUUUCAAAUUAGUGGCAAUUGUAGUGCUCACACAUUUAUUUAAUUUUUAUUCAUUGAUUAAUUGAAUUCCGUGUUUCUGUUUUGCAUAUUGCUCUUGCAAAUAUCGUUCAAAAAUUUUGAUGUGGUCAUUGCUUAUGAUUGAAUAUGCAUCCGUAAAAAAUAAAAAUAGUUAGAUGAAAUAAAUGUUUCAAUUUACC